AUGAUCACGGACCUCAAGCCAGACAUUCUGGAAUGUGAAGACAAAAGGAUCUUAGGAAGUCUGAGCAACAACAAAGCUAGUGGAACUGAUAGUAUUGCAGUUGAGCUAUUCAAAAUCUUAAAAGAUGAUGCAGCAAAAAUCAACUACAGUGUCAUCAACCAGAUGGCUGAGCAAAAUCAUCAUUUGCCUUUUUCAUAUCGGUUGACCCCAAAUCAAGAACCUCCUUACUCAGCCAUUGUCCAGCUUCUCCUGCAUUUCCAAUGGACGUGGAUUGGCCUCCUUUCUCAGGACAAUGAAAGAGGAGAAAAAUUCAAAAGACGCUUGGAAGUUCUCACUCUUAAAAAUGGGAUUUGCAUUGUCCUCUCAGGAACUGUCCUAGAAGCAAAUAUGCAGACAAAUGCAGCCCAUUGUGAAAAGUGUCCAGAUGACCAGUAUUCCAAUAAGAAGCGAGAUCAGUGUAUUCCCAAAAAUAAAAGUUUCUUAUCCUAUGAAGAAACGUUGGGAGUGAUCCUGGCUUUUUUUGCUAUUGCUUUGUCACUAACCACAACCUUUAUUCUGGGAAUCUUCAUUAAAUACCAACAAACUCCCAUAGUCAAAGCUAACAACCGGGAUCUCACCUAUACUCUUCUGAUAUCCCUCUUGCUUGCUUUCUUGACCCCCCUUCUAUUCAUCGGUCGCCCCAUGAAAAUGACCUGUCUCCUUCGACAAACCAUUUUCAGUAUUGUUUUCUCAGUUGCCAUCUCUUCCAUGUUGGCCAAGACUGUAAUGGUGGUAGUUGCAUUUUUGGCCACGAACCCAGGCAGCAGCAUGAGGAAAUGGCUGGGGAAGGGUCUACCCAACUCUAUUGUUUUAUCCUGCUCUGGUAUUCAAGUAUGUAUCUGUAUCAUAUGGCUGGGAAUCUUUCCCCCAUUCCCAGAUUCUGACUUUCAUUCCCAACCAGAACAGAUCCUGCUGCAAUGCAAUGAAGGUUCUGUCACCAUGUUCUACUCUGCCCUUGGCUACAUGGGUUUCCUGGCUGCCAUUUGCUUCUUUGUGGCAUUUCUGGCUCGAAAGCUGCCUGGUUCCUUCAAUGAAGCCAAACUGAUCACAUUCAGCAUGUUGGUUUUUUGCAGUGUUUGGAUCUCCUUUGUCCCCACCUACCUGAGCACUAAAGGGAAAUAUAUGGUGGCUGUGCAGAUCUUCUCCAUCCUGGCCUCCAGCUUGGGUUUACUGGGUUGCAUCUUUAUCCCCAAAUGCUACAUUAUUAUCCUGAGACCUGCCAUGAACACCAAAGAACAUCUGAUGCUGAAAAAACAUUAA